AUGGAUCCACCUCCACAAUAUACACAGAAACAAUCUUCGUGGUUCUCUUCGAGUACAUCUCCAGCUCCUGGAGGUUUUGCUUCAUUUUUUGGAGGCGCAGGAGGACAGCAGCAAGGAGAUCAACAGCAACAACCACCAACGUGUUCAGCUUCAGCAUUACGCCUUCUUGGGGAACUUCGAGCGCGUCUGCAGCCUUGGAGCGAUUUCUUCCGUCCUUCCAAAUUCGGAUUCCCACCAGGACUCGUCUCCAUCGGUCCGAGAGUUAAGCAUAAUUUGGAACAUUUUCUAAGCAAUUAUUUGUGCUUGUUUGUUGCUCUACUAAUUUAUUGUAUUUUGACAUCUUUAUUAAUGCUUUUGACAUUAGUGGCAUUGGCUGGGCUUUGCUACACAAUUUAUCAACGAACACAGAAAGGACCAAUAUUUUUUGGAAGUUAUGAGGUCCCACCAAGCCUUUUGUACACCUUUGCUUUGAUGGUUUGUAUUCCACUCUUUUACCUUGCAAAUGCUGGCUCUGUAAUGUAUUGGGUAAUUGGAACUGGAUUAUUUUUAAUGCUUGCACAUGCAAUAUUUUAUGCAUCUGAAGAGAUUCCUGGACAAGAAUUUGAAGUAGUUACUGUUGUGACUGCUUAAAAAAAGUUUUUGGAAAUUUUAAUUUCUAAGAGGUUUUUUUUAAUUAUUUGAAAAUUUUUUAAAGUUUUUCUACCAUUCCCUUUUGAAACAAAAAUCUUGUAAAUUAUUUUCUUCUAACUAUCUUUUAUCUAUUUCAUAUAUUUUUUAAAUAUUGAUAUUUAUGUAUUAUUUUAAUUUUUAAUUUAAAAGCCUCUCUAGAAAUUUUUUUCUUAUUUUUCUAUUCAUAUUUUCAAAAUAAUUUGAAAAUCAAUAUUUUAAAAAUUCCAGAAUUUCUAAAAAAAUAUUUCUGAUUUUUUCUGAUUUUCAAUAAAUUCUGAUUUUUUCAAAAUUCUUGUAUUUCCUCUUCUUUUCGCUCACUAUUUUUGUCUACCUACCUAUUUUCUCUAUUUUUUCAAAUAUUUUUCAUGAAGGAAAAAAAAUUUUUUUAACUGUAAUUUUUCGAAAAUGCAUAAAGAAUAAAUUAUAUAUUUU